AAAAAUGAACAAAGAAAAAAGAUCCUCAUUGUCGGAGCCGGCGUCUUUGGUCUUUCGACAGCUUUGGAGCUCAGCCGUCGCGGAUACAGUAACGUUCUCGUCCUCGAUCGUCAUCGCCCACCAGUCCCCGAUGGCUCUUCAGUCGACAUAUCUCGUAUUGUCAGACCAGAUUAUGCAGACGCGUUCUAUGCUAGAAUGGGCAUGGAAGCCCUAGCCGGGUGGCGAAAGGACUUCUCGCCAUUCUUCCACCGCAGCGGUCUGCUUUGCGCUCAAUCCGGAAUCGACUUUGGCAAUGCUUAUCUCAAAGAAGCGAAGGUGAAUCUCGAAAAUAUUGGUGCUGAGGUCAAUCUGUGGGCGUAUACCGGCAGAGAAGCGAGCGAGAGAUAUCCUGGUAUCCAUGGCGACUUGUCACAGACUAGUGGCUACUGCAAUCUGGAUGCUGGAUGGGUUGAUGCUGGAAAGAGCAUCGAACACCUAGCUAGCUUGUGUGAAGAUGCUGGAGUCACAUUUCUGGUUGGCGAGGAUAGCACUGUCACCGGACUUGUCACAGCCGACAGUGACGAUGGGAAAACAAUCACCGGAGUACGAACAGCGAAUGGAGAAGUUUUGGAGGCUGAUACAGUCAUCAUGGCUACCGGAGCUUGGACACCACAUCUCAUCGAGGCUGGAAACCGAUUUAUCUCUACUGGCCAACCUGUCGGGUAUGUGCAAUUAAGUCUCGAAGAGGCAGAAGAGAUGCGCGGGAACCCAGUCAUGAUCAACCUAAGUACUGGCUGGUUUGCCUUUCCCNCCACCCCUGACGACAAUAUCCUGAAGAUGGCAAGACAUGGAUAUGGCUUCGAAACCAUUCAUAACUCAGACCAUACUCGAUACUCGGCACCGAACCUGUCCUCGCAGGCUGACUACCUGCCUGCCGAUGCAGAACAAGCCUUGAGAGAUGGUCUUACACUCUUCUUACCAAAGUUCAAGGACCUUCCGUUCUCGAAGACGAAGCUUUGCUGGUACACAGAUACGCCCAAGGGUGACUUCAUUGUUGACUAUCAUCCUGAGUACACAAAUUUGUUCUUGGCUACUGGAGGCAGUGGACAUUUCGAGGGAGUGGCUCCAGCAGAGCAAAAGGCGAAGUGGAGGUGGUCAGAGAGUGCUACACCAAUCAUGCCUGGAGAUGGAAGUCGUGGUGGCCCUCCGAGACGAGUGCUUACAAUAGAGGAACAAUCUCGCUUGAAU